AUGAUAGACCUCGGAUCCAUUUCCGUCACUGUCCCCAAGUCCAUGGCCAAUUCUCUAUUGAACUCCAGGUCGAUUUCUUAUUCUGGGUAUGUUGCCCAGGUCUUUUUCUUCAUUUUCUUCACUGCGGUUGACUUUGGUUUUCUCACCAUCAUGGCAUACGACCGCUACGUCGCCAUCUGCAAACCACUACACUAUGAGUCUCUGAUGAAUAGGAGAGCUUGUAUUGAAAUGGCAGCCAGUGGUUGGAUUAGUGGUAUUUUCUGCUCUCCACUGCACACUGGGAACACAUUUGCAUUAACCUUCUGUGGAGGCAACAUGGUGGAUCAAUUCUUCUGUGAAAUCCCACAGCUACUCAAGCUCACUUGCUCUGACUCAUAUCUCAAUGAAGUUGGGGUUAUUGCCUUUUUUGCAUGUUUAACUAUAAGCUGCUUUGCAUUAAUAAUUAUGUCAUAUGUUCAGAUCUUCACCACGGUGCUGAGAAUCCCCUCUGAGCUGGGCCAGCAUAAAGCCAUCUCCACCUGCCUCCCUCACCUCACUGUGGUCUCCUUGUUUGUUUGCACUGGGACUUUUGCCUAUGUGAAACCACCCUCCAUCUGUCUAUCAGGUCUGGAUCUUGUGGUGGGUGUGCUCUAUUCCGUAGUGCCACCAAUCAUGAAUCCAAUCAUCUACAGCAUGAGGAACAAGGAAAUUAAAGGUGCUCUGAGGAAACUGACUCAGUGA